GGCGGGCGAGCACGCACCUGUGCCUCUGACGCCAGCCGAGGAGCGCCGACGGCGGCGGCUGCUGCACCCACGCGGCCGACAUGGGCUGCUGCUGUGCGGGAUGCGGUGCGGCAUGCGGUGCGGGAUGCUGUGCGGGAUGCUGUGCGGGAAGCUGUGCGGCCCUGCCGACAGCAUCCUCCCGCGCACAGAGCCCGCCGCCGUCCCGCCAGCGCCUCUCUCCUCGCCCGUGCGCAGCGUCCGCGUCGCUCCCUCCCUCGGGCGGCGCGCCGGCAGGCCCUCGCCCCCCCCACUCCUCCUCACGCCACCGGGCCCGGUAGUCGCUGUCGGGCGACGGAAGCGCCCCGGCCGCCACGCCCUCACGCUCCCAGCGCGCGCGCUCGCGGCUGCCCGUCGCUCGCGGCCCGCGCGGCGUCCCGGCGGGCGGGAGCCCGAUCUCCCCGUGCUCCACCCGCCCGCGGACCCCGAGAUUGACAUCUCGAUCUCGCACGCCGAGAUCGAGCCGCUCCCGCGGCCCGCUCGGCGACAGGAGGUCGGCGCUGGCGGCGGUACAGCCUAGAACCUCGGCCACGCGCGCCGCGACGCGGCCACGGACGGCGGCAGGCCGGCCCCCGCCGCCGCUCUCGGUCGGCGCAGACGCGCCGCGGCUGCAAGGUCCCGCCGCGGAAGCGCCGCCGCCGCCUCCGCAGCUGGUGCGUCGCCGCAGCCGCUCCGCGUGGUAGGCGGCGUCCGACGCGAGCAGAGCCGCCUUGCGCGC